AUGCCUCGCCCCGCCAGCUCAUCGGUUCUGUGGGCUACGACCCUUGGGCAGGCCGGGGGGUUGCAGCGCUCGCGACGUGUCGGCCCAAUGAGGGCCUCGGAGCGCAGCGUUGGCCGCAAGACGCUAAUGCAGGAUGAGUUGUUCAACUGGUGCUGGCAUGGAUUUGCCUGGGGCCCGCCAAUCUGCCAGCCUGCAUUGUGCGAAAUAAUAGUUGUUUGUCCCUCACCGUCGCUUCUCGUCGUUUUGUGCAUUGGUCCUCUUCUCUCCUUGGGGCCCUUGCUGUCGUCUCUGCCCGUCAAGUCGUCGGCUCAAGCCUGUCUCUGCGCUUCCCCCUGCCACCCAAGUCGCUCUCCCGUCAAGCUGGCCCGUUUCAAACAAUCACAGCCCGCCGAAUCGCCCGCUCUGGAAGAAAAAAAAAACAAACAAAACCUACGAGGAGCUGCAAUACCGGCGCCCGCAAUUGCUUUCCGCCCUUCAUCCUCCGCCCUAUUCCCACACGCUGUCAGAACAAAACCCUGGCGUUCACGCGCCCCGGCGCACGAGGCUUUCGAGUCACGAGCAAACUCAACACACGGACUAGUCACCAGAGACUACAACAUUCCAUUCUACCGCUGCCACUCUCAGCUCACUCCCCAUGGAGUCGCACAAGGGAUCAAGCACGCCCAACUAAACCGUAUCAAAAAAAACCCCCCCUUCUCGGACCUCCCCUCCCACACCUUCUCAUCACUUCCUGACAUCCACAACAUGGUCGCUCCAAUAUAA